CAAAAAAAUUAGUUAUUCCGAAAAAGGUUAGCUGAGCCCGAGCCCAAUCCCAAGCCCAGUUAAGUUAUACCAGAAAAGGGGAAAGAAAAGAGAAAAUUUGACGUCUGAUAUAAUUAUUCAGUUCUACAGGAAGGCCGAGAAGGCGAAAACCCAGCCAUAGGAGCGAAAUGGGCGAAUCUAUGCCCAGAUGACCACACUGCGCAAUUGUGGCACUAUACAACUGCCGCGCCAAGCAUUUCCUCCGCGUCACUCCAUUACCCUUCUUCGGCACUUGGCACUCCCCGUCGCCGGAAGCUUCACGCCACGUCUGGUAUCUGUUCGCCGCCGAUCGGGUCGCCGACCGAUUCUCUUCGUCGAAACGGACGUGCCGGAGUCGGUAUCCAUGACGGACUCCAAUUCCAUUCCCAGCUCUGCUCAUCCGGCUUAUACGGAGAUCGUCGUCGUUCGUCACGGCGAGACGGAGUGGAAUGCUGAUAAAAGGAUUCAGUCUGUUUCAAUUGUGUCCCCUCGGCCUUGUUGUCUUAUGGGGGGACCUAAUGGAGUCUUACUCUUGCACACACUACAGGGACAUGUCGAUGUUGACCUGAAUGAAGUUGGGAGACAACAAGCUGCUUUGGUGGCUGAUCGACUAUCCAGAGAGUGUAAGGUUUCUGCGGUAUAUUCAUCCGACUUGAAACGAGCUUUUGACACGGCGCAAGCAAUUGCUGAUAGAUGCGGUGGUAUUGAGGUCAUCAAGGAACCAGGGCUACGAGAAAGGCAUUUAGGGGAUCUACAAGGCCUUUCGUUAAGUGAAGCUGCCAAAGCUUCUCCGGAAGCAUAUGAGGCAUUUUUAUCCCACAAAACCAGCCAAGAAAUCCCUGUAUGCCUCAUGUCCAUUACUAUGUUCAGAGGCGGUGGUGAAAGUCUUGAUAAACUAUAUGAGCGUUCCACAUCUUCAUUUCAAAGAAUUGCAGCAAAGCACAGAGGUGAGCGAGUGGUUGUGGUGAGUCACGGAGGCACCAUCAGAUCGCUACACAAGCGAGCUUGCCCUAGCGGGAGGCCUGCAAAGAUACUCAAUACUUCUGUCCACAUCUUUCACAUAUCCGAUGGAGACGAGUGGACCAUAAAAUCUUGGGGUGAUGUUAGCCAUCUCAACCUAAAGGGAUUCCUGGAGUCCGGUUUUGGUGGCGACAGGACCUCUGGUUAGCUGUACUUGGAACCAACCCUCCUCCUAGCAAGGAAGUAACUUGUCACAAACGGAGUCCUGUUGUUUUCUUUGCUUCAUACUACAAUGGACAGCAACCCUCUGAUGUAAUGAAAGAGAUUUUACAGUUGUACCGAGACUUACUGUUGUUUCAUGGAUUAUAGCUGGCUGGUAUCUGCAAUUGCAAGUAAUCCACUUUUUUAAGCUGU